AUGUCUUAUUUAGUCAAUGACAAACCUGACUCUGAUUCCCUCUCGCAGAUUCCUUUGGCUACUAGUCCUGUUCUUCGUACCUGGCGUCUAACUCGUUGUGGUCUUGUAGAGAUAACCGAUAAUCCAGCAAUGGGAGCUUUCUUGGACAAACCUCGAACUGUAAAAACUAACACAUGUGGAGAAGGCCACGGUCUUCGUUCUGCUCUAGGCAGCAUGCAAGGAUGGAGAGUAGACAUGGAAGAUGCGCAUGUUCUUGAGUUUUCCAUGGGUAAUUGUGAACCCUACAACCAGUGGUCUUUUUUCGCAGUGUUUGAUGGACACGCUGGAAAUGUUGCUGCUAAAUUAGGGUCAAUGCAUAUUGUGGAGGCUCUCGUUAACACAGAGCAAUUUAAACUUUUGCGCGAAAAGUUAUCUCAGAAUAAUAAUGUACUUACUGAGGAACUCCUAGAGCUAAUGAAACAAGGAAUAGUUGACGGAUUUCUUCAACUUGACGAAAAGAUGCGAGAAGAACUCGAUAAGGGACGUGAUCGUAGUGGCACUACGGCAGUCUGCGCUAUUGUUACUCCAUCUCAUGUCGUUAUUGCUAAUUUAGGUGAUUCACGCGCAGUGUUCUGCAGAAAAGAAGGGCAUGUGUUUGGCACACAUGACCAUAAGCCCAACUUGGAAAAAGAAAAAGAAAGAAUAGUUCGCGCUGGUGGCUCUGUAAUGAUUCAAAGAAUAAACGGUAGUUUGGCAGUCUCCAGAGCGUUCGGAGAUUUUGAGUACAAGAGCAGCCUAGAAUUGAAGCCAGUACAGCAACUUGUAUCUCCAGAACCUGACGUCUACAUUCUGCCAAGGAAUGUUGAGAAUGACGAAUUCCUAUUACUCGCAUGCGAUGGUGUUUAUGAUGUCAUGGAAAACGAGGAAUUAUGUGAUUUUGUUAGAAAUCGCCUCAGAGUACAAGAUAAUCUUGAAUCUGUUUGUAAUGAUGUCCUCGAUGCUUGCUUAUGGAAAGGAUCCAGGGAUAAUAUGACUGCGAUUGUUGUUUGUUUUAGUGCUUCUCCCAAGAUUAAUGAAGUAGAUAAAGCUGAAGAAGACGAGUGGAAAUCCAAAGUUCGAACACUCUUAACAGAAACAGUGGAAGAAGAGAUUAGUCGAGAUGACUGGACUGACGAUAGUGAACUUCGAGUGGAAUCAAUUCUCAAGUUAGCAUUUGUCCAUGAGGAUUUCGCUCAGAUAAGUCCCCGUGAUUAUCUUAAAAAACGAUUGGCUGAAGAGAUAUUGGAUGAAAAACAAAUUAAGCACGACUAA